AAGGUAGAAAAUGGAAAGGGGAAGAUGCGUCAAAAGCAUGAGGAUGCUUAUUAGCUGAGCUCCCACCCAAAGCCAAGAAGGCAGUAACGUACUGUAACUCAUAAAAUAGUAGCCAUUCAUAGUGCGUACAGUUACGAUACCAUACAAUUCCUUCGUUUACUCUGUAGGCCAUGUCACUCUUUAUUUUCUUGCACUACACACUUGUACUGAGUUCGGACCGAGUCACUUUCCGAGUCUGAUCUCUCUCUCUCUCUUUUCUUCUCCCCACCUUCAUCAACUCGCUUGGCGUAGCUGAAGAAGAAGGAACGUCCAUGGUUUCCAAACCUACCGAUUCUGCUCCCAAACUCCAUCCAAAGUUACUUGGAGAGUCAUCAAAUGAUGCUGUUGGAACCUUGUCCAUCAAGAUAAAUCAGUUGAAAAAGCAAAUCCAGGUGGAGAGAAUUGUAUCCAUUCAUGAAAAAAUUCAGAGGAACCAGAAGAAGCUACAAUGUCAUAUUUCAGGAAUAAUGUCAGCGGUAUCAACCAGGGGCUCUUCACAGAUGGAGGAAAAUAAGACACUUUCAAUGCUUUCUUCAAGAAUGGACCAUCCUUUAUGUAAAUUCGAUGGUUUUACUCAGGGUUCAGGAGACAAAGACCACAACAAUCAAGACAUACCAUCUGCUACAAGCAUCAAGAUUCCACGUAUUGAAAGAUUACCACCGUAUACAUCUUGGAUAUUUUUGGGCAGGAAUCAGAGAAUGGCUGACGAUCAGUCAGUUGUUGGAAGAAGAAGGAUCUACUAUGAUCACCAUGGAAGUGAAGCAUUGAUAUGUAGUGACAGUGAGGAAGAAACAGAACCCGAAGAAGAAAAACAUGAAUUCUGUGAGGCUGAAGACCGUAUUUUAUGGAUGGCAUUUGAGGAACAUGGGUUAAACGAGGAGGUAUUGAAUGUUGUUAGCAAGUAUGUUGGAGGCACCAGUUUAGAAAUCCAGGAGAGGUACAAAAGUAUCAGGGAAAAUAAUAUGGAUAGGUUGGACCAGCAUUCAAAAAGCUCAGGAGAACAUGAAUCUCUUAUGAGCAUGUAUCUAGAGAAAAACCUGAGCGAAGCAUUAGAUUCACUUGAUAACCUUUUCUGUCGCCGGUGCCUGAUUUUUGACUGUCGUCUGCAUGGCUGCUCUCAACCUUUGAUAUAUCCGAGUGAAAAGCAGAUAGUUUGGUAUGAGCCUGACGGUGAGAGGAAACCGUGCAGUGAUCAGUGUUACCUUAAGCAGUUAAAGGUUGUCAAAAGUUUGCCGAAAGAUUCAACUACCAGGUCUUUUCAGGAUAAGAAAACUACAAUUGUAGAGGAAGCAGAUGGGAUAUUGGCACCGUCCAGUGCAGAACAACCUGGCAGUCAGAGUACUACACUUCCGACAGGGGUUGAUUGUCAUGGGUAUCUCAAUUUAAAUGACCCUGUCUCAGAAAAUUUGGGGAAACGGAAAGUCACAAAUCAAUCAGACACGUCACUAUGUGACUCAACAUUGCCUCUUGGUUCUCAGAGUUCUUAUAAAAAGCUGAAGAAGAUUUCAGAUGAUGUUGUUUCGGUGAUUAGUGAUAAUAGCAAGAAUAUAAAUUUGGGUGCAUGUGAUGAAACAAAACAUAUAAACACUUGUUCAAUUUUGGACAAAACUGUUGAACAUACAUCAAAUAAAUUAAUAGUUCCUUCGAGCAUUUGCCAUAGAGAGCAUGACAAAGGUGUUGUGGAUGGAUCAAAAUCAGUCGCAAGUGAGAAAGAACUUAAAAAGUUGUUGAAUUCAAUGGAAGAACAAGUUGAUGGAAUGCUAGGUUUCUCAGAUUGGAAACCUCUAGAGAAAGAGUUAUACUUAAAGGGAGUAGAAAUGUUUGGCAGAAACAGCUGCCUCAUAGCUAGGAACGUACUUUCUGAUUCGAAGACUUGCAUGGAAAUAUUUAGUUAUAUGCAUGAUGGAGUGUCGAUGUCCCACAGAUCUAUUAUUGCAGCUAGUUCAAUCAUGGAUGACAAGGGAAAAUUUGUCACAGACGGCACAGACCAAGACAUGCCAACUAGGUCACGGUUGCUGAGAAAAAGAGGGAAAACAAGGAAGUUUAAAUAUUCUUGGAAGUCUGCUGGUCACCCAUCAAUAUUGAAAAGAAUUGCUGAUGGGAAAAAUCAAUCUUGCAAGCAGUAUACUCCAUGUGGAUGUCAAUCAAUGUGUGGAAAGGACUGUUCUUGUGUUAAUGGUGGAACUUGCUGCGAAAAAUACUGUGGUUGUUCGAAGAGCUGCAAAAACCGGUUUAGAGGAUGUCAUUGCGCCAAGAGUCAAUGCAGAAGUAGACAAUGUCCUUGCUUUGCUGCUGGACGUGAAUGUGAUCCAGAUGUUUGUCGAAAUUGUUGGGUUAGCUGUGGGGAUGGUACAUUGGGGGAGCCAACACGGCGUGGAGAAGGUCAAUGCGGCAAUAUGAGGCUCCUUUUAAGGCAACAACAGAGGAUUCUCUUGGGGAAGUCUGAUGUUGCAGGAUGGGGAGCCUUCUUAAAGAAUCCUGUUAACAAAAAUGAUUACCUGGGGGAGUACACGGGUGAAUUGAUCUCGCACAGAGAAGCUGAUAAGCGUGGGAAAAUAUAUGAUCGUGCGAAUUCAUCUUUCCUUUUUGAUUUGAAUGAGCAGUACGUUCUUGAUGCUUAUCGCAAAGGAGACAAGUUGAAAUUUGCAAACCAUUCAUCAAAUCCCAACUGCUAUGCAAAGGUGAUGUUGGUUGCCGGAGAUCACCGAGUUGGCAUAUUUGCCAAGGAACAUAUUGAUGCCAGUGAGGAGCUCUUCUAUGAUUAUCGCUAUGGUCCUGAUCAAGCACCUCCAUGGGCUCGUAAACCUGAGGGUUCCAAGAGAGAUGAAUCAGCAGUUCCACAAGGUAGAGCAAAGAAACACCAAUCCCAUUGAUGAGCUGAUGAGCCAUGACCAAUGUCCAGUAUGGACAAACUUGUGGCUUCUACCAGUAUAUUCUCAACAGAUACAAACUUGUGAGAUUCAUGGUAAAGACUCGAGCAACUGUCACUGAAAAGGAAACUAAUAAUUGAAUUAGAAAUGCUAAUAUGCCUUAAAUUAUGGCUAGGGUACAGUUAUUAGAAAAUCAAAUGGGUAAGAGAUGAAGCAGAUCAAUGUUGAUAGCAAUAAGCUAGAAAUUAGCCUAGCAGUCGAUAACCUGAGUAUAAAAUUUCCUUUUGGAUACCAAAAAUAUUUAUUCUUCCAAGCAUGUUUGCUGAUUUGGCAUAAUUUUGCAAUGAAUAAGAUAAAUCUUCCUAGCAGUGAAAUAGAUAAAUAUUUCUGAAUAAAA